AUGGCGGAAGAGAGAUUUGUUUCUUCCUUUGAUUCCAAAUUGUCAUUAAAUUCGGAAGCUUAUGUUCCAUGUAAAAUUUGUAUGGAUAAUGAGGUACAAGUUACAUUUAUUCCUUGUAGACAUUUAGUAACGUGUGAAGAAUGUUCUAAUCUAGUCACAGAAUGUCCAAUCUGCAGAAAACAUAUUCGAGAAAGAAUGAAAAUAUAUUUAUCAUGA